GUUGACUCGAGCCUAAAAGCACAACAUCUUGGAGACCAUGGCUUCAGUGAUGCACACCUUCAAAGCUUAUCCGAGUGAUAGAGAUGUCGGUUUGGCAGCAGAAGCUCUUGUUACCACUCAUCCGUGUCUUAAAGAGCCUGGAAGUACGAAUGGAAGUUAUGGUUGGAAGACCAGUUUAAAAUUCAAGAUGGGAAAUUAUCGCACCAAGCUAGCCAGAUCUGGAUGUGUGGAGGUGUCUGUCAACGCUGGCAGGAGGAGUGUUAACAACCCUGAAAGAGAGCAUCCCCACUCAAACAUAAAAAGAGCCAGAAGAGCUGAGGUGAACUACCUCCCAAACUUUCCAAGAGGAGAAGAUCAGACUACCUUCGCACUACGUCGCCAUGAAAUUGUUCAAGACAGCCCAAUGGUGAAGAACUUCUUAGAGAAAUGGCCUGCUCUGCGAUUUGACUCUCAGAUUUGUGCGGAGUUCCACCGAGUCACAAACAUCAACCUGCGGAACCAGUUCUACGCUGAACUUGACAGACACACACCACGACUUAUGGCUCUAUACAGACAGAAGGCUGCACGGACUGGCAAGAUAUCGGAGGCUCUGCGAACCAUCCUGAAUCAUUAUGAUCUUCAGGAGACGCCUGAUGUCAACGUGAAACGCACUGCAGUGCUUCAUGCCCUUCCUGUAUACCUGCGGAAGGGGACCCAGAAUUCUUUAAGACAUGCGGACACAUUGGAUGAGUCGACCCUCUUUGACACUCCAGUUGCCCUUCUCACAGUGGUUACCGACGGUGCUUCCCAGACUAGUCCUGUCCAUUUUACUUCCUCAAGCAUGGCCGUUGUGGUGGAAGGCGACCUGGUGCUGCGUGAUAUUCCCGGAUUUUCAGAUGCAUUUGCCUUAUUGUUUGGCUUGAUCUAUGCUCUGCAUUUAGACUACCCCAGGAAGCUGGUUCACACAUUUACCUUUGUCCAAAAAAUCUUCAUGGGGCUUGAUGACGGCAAACCCCUGAAACCCUGCCUACAUGCCCUUAAAAAUGAUUUGUUGCUGAAGGAGUAG